CACAGUAUUAUUUGGUUUCGUUUACUGCGAAUUGGCCGCCAGCUGAUGAGCGAGUAUUGAGGAAGUACAAACCCAAAGCGACAAGAAGCGAGGCUGCUGGGAGUCUGCUCUACACAGUCACAGGAUCGCCUUAGUGGUCAAGAUUUGUGAAAAGUAGGCCUCAUGGAUGAUCAAGAAAAAUGAAGUAAUCCCUACGUUUGCAAAGAAGGAACCAAUGCUGUAAUGGCAGAUCAAGGCGAAAUGAAGAAUCAGGAGGAGGAGCUGCCACCUGACAUCAAGGACUGGAGUAAAGAUCAAGUGAAGGAAUGGGCUCUCAAGUUGGAUGGUGUGGAUGACCACAUUGCAGAAAUACUGUUUCAGCAGGACAUUAAUGGGCCUAGUCUUUUGCUUUUAGAGAUAGAAGACUUCAGAGGUAUGGGUGUGACCUUUGGACCAGCAAAACUUAUCAAACAUGCCAGAGAUGAGAAAGUGAAAUUUAAGAAAGAGGAACCAACAAGCUCUACAAAUCAACCUGUAUGCCGCAAGCCGUAUCCAUUUUGUAGGUAUCAUGAUACAUAUAGAUACAUGGAGAACAGCAUUCUUGAUAUUACAGAAUCUGGUGCCUCAGACCUAAUUGAACCCUGCCACGAGUAUAAAGCUUUCAUCAAUACAACAGAUGAAACAAAAAUGAGCAAGUUCACUGCGGAGGUUAUUCGAUUUGCAGCUGCCUGCAUGAACAGCCGCACCAAUGGCACCAUACAUUUUGGAAUAGGGGACACGCCAGACUUCAUCCAUGGUGAAGUGUUGGGAGUGGCUGUUGGGGACAAAGAGGCUUAUGCAAAAGAACUAAAAUCUGCCAUUGAUAGUCAUUUUGAGCAUAAACACAAACAGGCUGCUCAGAUCUGCAUCAAACCGCCUCGAUUUGUUGAGGUUCUAAAAAAGAUUAUGACAUCAACUGACAAAUGUGUGAUAGAAGUGGACAUAGUUCCUGACUCUUCGAUCUGUGAAGAAAACGUUUACCACACUUUAAACACAAAGAAAAACAAGAAAAAAAACAAAGGUCAAGAAGAAACUGAAACCCAACCAUUGAAACAAUUCUUUGUCCGAGAUGGCGGUAGCACCAGGGAUCUCCUUAAACUGACCACAUCAGCCAAACCUAUGGAAGAGUACAAUCAGUUUGUUGAGUGUAUGGCAAAGCGAUCACAACUCCGAAAACAAGCUGAAGAGAAGCACCUCAGUGUUAUAAAAAGCAGCACUCAAGGCUCUAGAUUAAGUGAGAUGAUAACUGGUGGUUCACUUUCUUUAGAUAAGUCACACUUUGAGCAGUAUGUGAUAGUAACUAACAAAUCACAUGCAAUCCAAUUUGAAUCACUAGGAUUUCUUGUGGAACUUAAUCCCACAGCUGUUUUAGAUUUUGAUCCAGAAUCAGCUACACACGGAUUAGAGCAUAACUUCGAACAGCAGAGUACAGUGAGUGUCCAUUUACCAGCAAACUAUAAAAUCACAGAAGGAGUUGAGGACAUUGCAAAUAAGUUGAAAUUAACCCGAAACACCAGCUGGGUAUUCUGCAAUGGAGGUAUCAAGGAUGAGACACCCUCAGACAUAGAUGAGUGGUUGAUGGACAAGGGAGCCUCCGUUCGAGAUGUGAUUUCCUUCUUGUGUCGUAAAGAUGUGCUUCCAAAUAAGAGAUUCCUUGUCAUUUUCUUACUUUUGUCAAGAGUGAGUGAGAAGAUGGACCCUCUUGUUGAGACUUUCAGUACAUUCUGGCAAGAGCUUAAAGGCACAAAGCAAAUCCUAUGUAUAUGUGACAAUGAAAAUGCAUUUACCUCCUGGAGGGACCUGAUCAUCGCUCGGUGCGGAAUUGACAUCUCUAGUAGAUGCAUAUAUGAGCUCAGUUUUGCUGAAGUCAAUGGGACUGUUCUUAGUCUUCUGUCAAAAAACCGCAAAUCGAGCCGUUUCUUACCCUGUCGUGGAAAAGGCAAAAUCCUUCUUGAAAAGAAAGUGGAGCGUAGCUGGAACACCUUGGAGGUUCUGUGCGUGAACCAAUGUGAAGGGGGAAAUGAGGAUAAAAUUGUCAUAGAGGAGAACUUCUACAAAGGAGGAAAAGUGUCAUGGUGGAAUUUCUAUAUCUCAGAGCAGCCUGGAUCCACAGCAUUUAUCGAACGAGACAAGUUUGACUUCAUCAUGAAUACAGUCAUACCAGAUUUGUGCUCCCUGAGAAAAGCCUGUGUGUUGUUUAAUCUUAUGCAUGUACCUGGAUGUGGUGGGACAACUUUGGCCAUGCAUACUUUAUGGGCUCUCCGGGACAGAUUCCGUUGUGCUGUCCUCAGAGACAGUACCACAGACUUUGCUGAAGUAGCUGAUCAAGUUGUCAAACUCUUAAAGCAUGACAAUGAGGAGCACUUACCACGUGUCCCUGUUUUGCUGAUGAUUGAUGACUUUGAUGACAAGGAAAAAGUAUUUGACUUGCAGCAGCUCAUUGAAACAGAAUGUGCAAAGAAAGACAUUCAGUCUAAGUCUGCACAGGUUAUUCUCCUGAACUGUAUGAGGUCAGAGUCCCAUGAAGAGAAUGAAGCAACUGGAGACACAGUAUUCAUUGGAAAUAAGCUCUCUGAGAAGGAGCAGAAGCUAUUUGAGGAAAAAUACGUAGAAAUAGAGAAAACCCACAAGAAUUUUCAAACGUUCUAUGGAUUCAUGAUCAUGAAGAAGAACUUUGACUCAAAGUAUAUUGAGGGUGUGGCCCGCAACACCCUGAAGAGCUUCAAUAUGAAUCAGAAACAUGCACAACUUCUGGCUGUUUUAGUUCUGCUGCAUGUGUACUGCAAGGAUGCCUCUCUCUCCGUCUCACUUUGUGAGGAAUUUCUUGAUCUGCAACCAAAACCAUUUUGUGGAAACAUCAAAGUUGAAGAAGAAUUUGGGAAAUUUUCCACUUUAAUUACCAGCUGCACCGUUGAGAGUAAGGUAGUAUUCAAAGCUGUGAAAAUGAUCCAUUCAAGUAUUGCAAAGCAUUGCUUGCAGGAACUUGAAACAACACACAAUGUGAGCAAAGCUGAUAUUGCUGAUCUUCUGCUGACCACAAACAAGCUUUAUGAGAGCACACAAGGCAAAGACAAACUCCUGCAAAAUGUUCACCACAUUUUGGUGAAGAGAUAUCAUUCAGAGAAGGAGGACUCGAAGUUCUCUCCACUCAUUCAAGAUAUUAUGAGUCAAACCCCAGGCAUGGAAGAGAUGGUUCUACAGAAUGCAUCAAAAAUAUUUGAAAAGGAUGCAGCUGUCUCUCAAUUACUAGCUAGGUACUAUUACCUAAAAAAGAAAGAUUUCUCAGAAGCAAAAGUUUGGGCAAAGAGAGCAAGAGAUCUUUCCAAAGACAGCUCAUAUAUGGCAGACACAUCAGCACAGGUUAUCAAACACGAGCUAAAGAAUGCCCUUGAAAACUGCAAGGAAGGGCUUAUUAGUCCUGAACAAUUGAAGACUUAUCUCCAAAUGGCGCAGUCAGCAAUAGUCUCUUUCAAGGAAGCUCAGAGUCUUGCAAAGAAGGAGUCAAUGCAGCGAUUACAAAUCAAGACAGACAACUGCCCUUUAAAUACAUCAGGGUGCCUGGGAGAAAUUCAGGUCGGAGUACUUGUCAUUGAAGUAAUGGCAAAGACCCCUGUAUUUUCUGAUGACAAUGUCCGCCAUGACAUAAUGAGUCAGGUUCUCUCUGGAAACCUUAAACUUCAGAAUGCUGAGGAACGUGAUCCACGGAAGAACAAACACAGACAGUACUACAUGAUUCUCAGACAGUUUGAGGAUGUACUUUACGACCUCAAAUACAGGAUGAAGAAGAACUUUGAUUUCCUUGAUGAUUUCUACGUGAACUUGGGCUCCAGAUUUGGAGUGAAAGACAGUCGUGACGAAGUAGCCCAACAUGAGCUUUUCAGAUGUUUCCGGGAGUAUGCAAAGCUUUUCUGCAAGACAGAUUCUGCAGCUCUUUUGAAGAAUAAAGCCAUGCAAAACAUGUUGAAACUACACCAAGCAAGACAAUACCUGGAGAUGAGAAAAGCUGAUACCUAUUCUGGGAUUCUGAGUUGUCUCUCAAAUGGCAUCUCACCUGAAAAUAUGGAGAAGAUUGUUCGAUAUUAUAGUUGCAUUUGUGAAACUGGUCAUAAGCCAUCUGUGAAUGAGAGAAUCAACUUCAUCUAUGUCAAUGUUGUGUUGAGUUGUAUCAAAUUAGAAUCAGUACACAUUAAGCCAUACCACAAACUAAUGGAUCACCUUUGCCAAGUUCUUUGCGAGCCAAUCUCAUCAAGUGGCAAUUUGCCACUGCUCUUCAUUGCAGUUGUGCUGUUGUGGCCACAGCAGUCUGUCUCCAGACCAGAAUAUCAAAGUCUGAAGAAGUACGUCUCACAGAUGAGGACCUUUUAUCACACAAUGAUGAAGGAAGUGUACAAUGGCAAGUGGCCGAUUGUCCAUUUCUUCCUAGGGAAGAAGCAGGGAUAUGAACGACUGGUACCCUCUGGGAAAAUCAAAAACUGCAUCACAGAUGGGCAGUUUUUCUCCAUGUGGGACAAUGGAAAAAUCUGGAAAGAGAAGAAGGUGGAGGAGCUUCUUUGCAGGGUCACUGGCAAGGUUAAGGGUGACUUGAUACUGGCAGAUACUUGUAUCCCAAAUGUGAAGGUCGAAGUCACUCCAGUGUUUCGAAGUCAGCUUAGUGGGCAUGGCCAGGAGUCAAAUGUGUCAUUCAUUAUCGGUUUCUCAAUGAAAGGCCCUCUUGCACUCGACAUUAACUAAACCAGGGAUGUCCAAAAUAUGGCCCGGGGGCCAAUCACGGACCGUGGUCAGAUUUCAUGCGGGCCAAAGCUUCAUUUUUAUAAUACAUGGUUUAUGGCCUGCCUAGGAUUUUCAGAUACUGUAUGGCUGCAAGAUUAGGCUUUUUUUGGUUGACAUAAGAAGUAUUUUAACCUCUAAGAACAUAGCUGCUGGUGUUCUAUAUCUGUAGACAGAUCUGUGACACAAAAUAUUACUUUCUCAAUAAUCUUGUUAAAGACAAGAGCAAGAGUGAUACGUUGUACACUUAAAUGUUAACAGACUUUGCAUUACUCAU